AUUGCCAGUAUGUACAGGUGGAGCCUCAUCUGAUGAGGUGAUGUGUGAACGUGAUGGAAAAGCCAAUGGAUAAAGCAUAGGGUGGUUUCUCGGAGGUGAGGAGAGGAGAGCAGAAAGAGGCAGGACAGAAGCAAGAGACACCUCCGAAUUCCCCUCUUCUCGUCUCUUUUCGUUCCCCAGCCUUGUCUUCAUCCUACCCCACCCCUCCCUCUGCAGCUCCUACCCCACCCCAUCCUGCUCACUCCCCUCCUUCUUCGUUGCAGUCAGCCACAGACACUUGCUUUUUGUAUGAAGGGGGUUAACCCAAUGAACAAUCCUGUCUGUCUUCCCCAAAAAAAGCCAGUAGGAGAGGGAUCGGCGAGUAAGCCAGAGAGAUUGGAGCAACGAGGUGCGCAGCCCCUGGUUAUAAGUCCUGGGAGUGGGAGUGCAACCUGCUUGGACCCACAGCCUUUAGCUCCAAAUACACUGCCUUACUGCCUGCCUGCCUGCCUGCCUGCCUGCCUGCCUGCCUGACUGACCUGACUGACUGACUGACUGACUGACUGAGUUUCACUCCACUGUUACUCACUCUCUCUCCCUCUCUGUCCUGCUCCCUUGCUCCUUCCCUCCUACUUUCCACCCUGGAGAGCGAGAGCGCAGAUUGGGAAGGUGCUCCUCAGACCUGCAUCUGGACAGCUUGAAGACGGCACAGAGAGGAUUUUUCCCUCUUCUCUCACUUGCGCUUUCAUCCCCUCUCUCAUUUUCACCAUCUCUGCCAAAAAGCACGUGGAUGGACUUUUUUUUGUUUUUUGUUUUGUUUUGCUGGAGAAAAAAUAUAAGUUGAACUGACAGUUUUCUCCACCUGCAUUAGUAAAUUACAUUUUUGUAACUUUUCUUUUUGGUUGUUUUUUUUUGGUUUGUUUGUUUUUGUUCCCUGCACUUGUGAGCAGCACUGGACCAAUUCAGGGUGCCAGCUCUUUGCCCAGGAGGACACCACUCCUCAAUUUUGGCUGCAUGUUGACUGAAUAUCUGAUGCCAUCGCAUCCUAUGGGAGACACGCGUGGCUGAAGCCAGGAGGGAGGUAGAAGAGAGAGACCCACCUGAAGCACAUCUACUGCUGCCCUUUACCCAUCGCACCCCCCUGCCCCUCAACGCUCUGAGGAGAGAAAGUUGCUUCACUCUGUCCAUCCACUGUGACGCCUCUGGCAAGCGACACUGCAUUCCAUUGUAACGACAUCCCUCCAUCACAAACAGAAAGAGGACAGAUAGCUGUGACUCUCAGUCCUCAGUUCUUUGUGUGUGACACCUAAAGCCUGGGAUGCUAGUGACCAUGCUGUUGGCUCCUGUCUGUGUGCUACUGAUGCUUGGGGGGCGUGCACUUGCUGGAGGCUAUGCCCCCAUACCACACAUGAAGUACAUGCAGCCCAUGAUGAAAGGGCCUAUUGGACCUCCAUUUCGGGAGGGCAAGGGACAUUACGUCGAUAUGCCACCAAUGAUGGAAGUCAAAGGUGAACCUGGCCCCCAAGGAAAACCAGGACCAAGAGGCCCCCCUGGGCCACCAGGACUUUCAGGGAAACCUGGACUUGGGAAACCGGGCCUCAAUGGUCAACCAGGACCUCAGGGACCAUCUGGUUUUCCAGGGAUUGGUAAGCCUGGACUUCCAGGUCUCCCAGGAAAGCUUGGACCAAAGGGUAUGCCAGGACUUAAUGGUGAGGUUGGUCCUCGUGGUGAACCAGGUCCCCGUGGUCCUCCUGGACAGCCGGGGCUCCCUGGCCCAGCUGGUCUGUCUUUGAAUGGGAAACCUGGUCUUCCAGGUAUUAGAGGCCCCCCUGGAUCUCGUGGUGAGCCAGGAAUAAAGGGUAUUUCUGGCCCACCAGGGGAGCGUGGACUUAAGGGUGAGAAUGGAAAUGGGAAGCCGGGGGUUCCAGGUAUAAGGGGUCCUCCUGGACUCAAAGGCAGUUCAGGACCACCUGGUCUUCCAGGUAUAGGAAAACCAGGACUAAAAGGUUUGCCUGGACUUCCUGGUCUUAAAGGUGAUCAAGGACUCCCAGGGGAUCGAGGACAACCAGGAGAGCCUGGGGCUCCAGGUCUACAAGGUCUGCCUGGGCCAAUUGGGUUAGGGAAGCCUGGAUUAGAUGGACUUCCGGGACAACCAGGUAUACUCGGUCCAAAAGGGGAGCCAGGGCCCAGGGGUAAUCCUGGAAUUCCUGGGACUCCUGGCUAUGGAAAACCUGGUCUGGGUGGACCAAAGGGAGACAAGGGUCAUGGUGGAUUUCCUGGUCUCCCAGGGGACAAAGGCGAGCAAGGAAUGGUUGGCCCAAUUGGGGAGCCAGGUCUUGAUGGACAACCAGGAGCGCCAGGACUUCAAGGCCCAAUGGGGCUCCCAGGAAAACAUGGAAUGCCAGGGCAGAAGGGAGAGCUCGGGCCCCAGGGCCCUCCAGGACUGCCUGGCCUUAGAGGUGACCAAGGCCCAAACGGAUCCCCAGGAAAAGCUGGUAUCCCAGGGGAAAAAGGCAUCCCAGGGCUGAAUGGCCCUAUUGGAAGACCUGGAGCCAAAGGUGAGGCAGGGCAUAUUGGCCUACCUGGGAAUCCAGGGUUGACAGGUGCUCCGGGGCCUAAAGGGGAGUCAGGGUUUAUAGGAACUCCAGGCCCUAGGGGCCAGUCAGGAAUUCCUGGUCUUCAGGGACCCAUGGGGCCCAUGGGCCCACAAGGUGUUCCUGGUCCAAAGGGUGAAGCCGGACUUCCAGGGCCUCCAGGGCUGGGUAAAUUUGGUGAGAAGGGAGCUAUAGGUCCCCAAGGACCUCCAGGGAAACCAGGGCCUUCUGGGCUUAAUGGCAACGCUGGCCCCCCAGGGCCUCCAGGACCCCCUGGGCCUCCAGGAAAUGGCCAAACAGUUGUUGCAGGGCCUACAGAUUCAGAGUUGGAGGGGGAUGAAGUACCAGGGGACAGGAAGGGGCCUGCAUACACUCAGGUUCCACUCUCUGCCUCUGUGGCACCAGCCUUCACAGCCAUUCUCACCACACCUUUCCCCCCCUCUGGCAUGCCAAUCAAAUUUGACAGGACCCUGUACAAUGGGCAAAAUGCGUACAGCUCUUCUACUGGCAUGUUCACCGCUCCUUUAUCUGGUGUCUACUACUUUGCGUACCACAUGCAUGUAAAGGGAACUAGCCUGUGGGUGGCAUUGUACAAGAACAAUGUACCAGCCACUUACACCUAUGAUGAAUACAAGAAAGGCUACAUGGACCAGGCAUCUGGUAGUGCUGUCCUAGAGCUGAAGGAGGGUGACCAGGUAUGGGUCCAGAUGCCCUCGGAUCAGGCAAAUGGCCUCUAUUCCACCGAGUACAUUCAUUCCUCCUUCUCAGGAUUUCUGCUCUGUCCCACAUAACCCUGUCCUUUCCUUAAACCAUGUUCCUGUAUGGGCACCUCAGAGCAGCCCUAAAUCUAAAAUACCUGCAUCUGUAAUAGAAACACAAAACUCAUACAUUUCUCAAUAUCAUUGCCAUCAUCUUUAUAUGUCUUGCCCUCGACAACAUCAGCAAAAGAAAAGACAAACUUUGUGAAUGAAAUAUGGAGAGUUUUAAAAGGCAGGGGAAGGAAUUUCAUACUGUCUUCUUUAUUUCAAUGUCCUUCAAAUGUGUGUUUUGGGUUGUAUUUUAUGUUGGUGUUUUUUAGCUUAUAUUAUUUUAAUUAUUAUAUUGUCAUAAUUUUAUUGUUAUUAUUUGGUCCUCAUCAUCAUUGUUGUUAUUGUUUAUUGGAUUCAGACUAUUAAGUGCCUUACUUUGUAAUGUGCUAGUAACAGACCUUCCCGUGUGACUGCACAUCCUGCCCACAUGCUCUGACAUAAGGACGACAUCACCAAACCCUGGGGGGUGAUUGGUUCCCUGGCUGCAGUCACGUCCCCCUUGUGUGUUAUUUAAACCAUGAAUGGCAAGACUGACAUAAAGAGCAACACCACAGCAUGGAAAAUAUAGACAUACAAUCGUGAAACAAGGCAUUUGAUGCUGUAAUACCAUUACUUUUCACUUUUCUUUUGUUUGACCUUUUUGGUACUCUAAACAUUUGCUACAUUAAACCUAUUAAUGGGAUUAAAUAGUUGUUUUUAGAGUGAGAUAUAUAUUUUGACAGUUAGUUGGCAUAAGCACAUGUUGGGUGCUUUUUUUCUGUUUCUUUCUGUGUCUAGUAGCCAAUCUUUUAACAUUAUGGUUCUUUGUCUUUCUUGUAAUUUACUGAACUUCCAACAAAUACAAUCCAAUAAAUAUGACCUCGCAGUAUUAGAAUUGUCACAUUUAAAUUGCCCUUUUAAAGAGGAUCAACAUCAUCAUGCAAUGACAGUGCCUUUUUUUUUUAACUUUCAGGACAAUUUCAAAUUAUAUGUAUGCAUACAGUCAAUGUUUACAUGCCAUAGAAUAGAUACAGGAAGAAAUUGCAAAUGGACAGCAAGUACACAUGUAUAGCUAGAUCGAUGGCCUGUUUCCUUCUAUCGAUCUGACUGUUUCCCAUUUGCACUGCAAAUCCCAUCACCAUGUUGCAGGCAUCCUCUUCUCAUGCUCCGACCAUGACAUCACUGAUUUCUAAUGGUCUACUACCUAUUAAUAAGUCAUUCCAAAUGCGCAAUAUGCACUGCCAUACUAGAAAAGCCCCAUUCGAACCAUAUAUUGCAAAAUCUGUGAAGACGCUGAAAACUUGAUUCUGCUUAUAGAAAGUAAGGUGACAAUGGAUGACAAAUACAAGACACCCACUUCUUCUGUCAGUGCAAUUUCUAUGUGACUUGUGAUUGCUGCUGGGUGAAUGAGAGCAAUUUUGAAUCAUUUGUUGUUCUGAAUGAAAUGACUUUCUAUUCAUUUCCAAACCAAUGUGUCAAAAAUAGCUGGAUUAUUGUUUAGCUUAAUGGAGCAUCUGUAGCUACAACAACAGGAUGUUUCAGAACCAAAUAAUGUCAAAGCGUCUGGCUGGAAAUGAGAAUCGAUUUGCAUUUACACCAUGAAUAAGUAAAGGGACUGACUGAGGCCCGCAGGUUGUGAAAUACAGGUUGUGUAACAUUUAACAAACCCCUGCCAGAUUUCUGGGAGAGGUGGCAGGUCAGAGGUGAGAGCUGUGUAUUUACUCAAUUCUGUUGGAUGAAGCAUUAAAGAUACACUUUGUGCAUGCAUGUGCUUGUAUGUUCUCAUAGGUGUACCCUCCUGUCUGUUAUUGUGUCAGUUUGUGUGUGUAGCGGUAUCACAUGGUGCCCUUAGCGUUCAGGUCAAGAACACAUCAGCAAAGAUAAUAAUAAUAAACUUGAAUGAAGUUACAAAACCUGAGGAAGUGCUUACGUUCCUGUCAAUGUUCAACAAAAAUUCUGAAUUUUUUUGCCUCCUUUGGGAGAAUCUCACAAUAGGCUUACUUGACAACACUCCGAUGAUGCCUUUGCAAAGUAAGGGAACAAGCUAUGAAACAGGUGAUGAAUGUGACAUAGGAAACAAAACACAAUAGAAAUGAAAUAGGUAUAGUGAUAUUCUUUUUAACACUGAACAGGCCAUUUUGCAUAUUGGUCCAAUGAACGGCAUAAUGGCAUGCAAUAAUUCUGAAUUGUUCGGAGUCAUGAACAAAAACAGACAUACUAUGAAGUGUACAAAAUCUUUGUUCAAUGGUUCCAGUUAAGGAAGACAAAAGAUACAGAGGUCUGGGAAAAACUGUUGUGAUUUAACUAUGAAAAGUUGGUGCUUAUAUUACUGUCUCUGUGCCUUCACAUGUCUCAGCUCAGACAGAAUUUCCGAAUCUAACUUAUGCCGCCCAAACACUUGUUACACUGAAUGGCAACUACCUUACACCCUGAUGGAGGAAUGUCAAUGUACAGGAGGAUUGUGCCAAAUAUUGAGCUUUGCAAUUAGAAUGAAUGUAUAAUGUUUGACUGAUUUACUAUAGUUUCUAUAAACUAUAGAAACAAUGCUGUGUCACUACACACAAACAGUAACUCAUUUAAAUUGCUCUGGAAAAGCAGUGUGAGGAUCAGGCCUAAUCAGUAUUUUACAUCGACGUAAUGCACUUACUCUAACCCUUUCUGUCUCAUAACACCAGUGCACCUACAACUACUAUGUAUCAUUGUUAUUAUGUGAGUCUACACAGCAGUCCAAGGCUCGUUAUGUACUGUAUGUUGCUUUUUUUUGUUGCUUCUAUUUGUGGACAUAUGAAAUGGUGAUGAGAGUUACAUGUGGCUAUUACUCUCUGUCCUUACGUUUUCAUAGACAAUGUCACUUGCUUGCUGAGUUUGCAAUGCGCGCAAAUCAUUUAACAAGUGUCAGUAAGAUCCAUGUACCGCCUCAAUCACAAAACUGCUUUGAAGUGUUUCUUUUUUUCUGUUUUUCUUUAUAAAAACAAACAGCAAAAAUGUCAAAAAAAAACAAGAUUUCACAAAUGCUUCGGUUUCUUAAGGGAUAUUUGUUUGUUUUAGUUUCAAUAAAUACAAACGGCCAUUCCCUUUUGCACAUGAAAUUAAUGAAGAUGUAUUUAUACAUUUAUGAUAAUUUAAUAGGGAUGCCAAAACCGACCACCGAAGCCUAGAACAUAUAAAUGGUAUUUAACAGCAUUGAUGAGUAAAGAGCAUUUACAACAUGUAGUUAGCAUUCUAGAGUUGUUUGUGAAGGAAUUAUUUGUGGACUUUUAUUUUCUAUUUGUGUAAUGUACAAUAUAUCAACGUAUAGGAUUUUUGUCAUACAAGGCUAUUGCGUGCACUCUAUGCAAUAGAAUUUGGGUAUAAAAUGCACUCCUUUUGAUUGAAAAAUGUUUGUCUGCUUAUACAAAAUCUACAGUACUUGAUUGUAUUGAUACCACAUCAAUAAAAAAACUUUCUUGUA